GUCAUUUGCUUGAAGCUCGCGUGAGAAGCUUGAUUCUCGAAGAGAACUCAUCUUUAUUCGUAAUCGCUUACAAUAGAGAAGAUCGUAAAGCAGAGACAUUUUUGUCGAAAGAUACUUUUCCAAAGAGAGAAUUAUCGAAAACUGUCAGAAUAACAUGUAACGUGCACGUGAAUACGAUUUGUAAAAUACAAGCGCGAUUUUCCCGCCCGGGUCCGAAUCCGCGAUCGCGAUUCGUCGAAAACAAUCCCCACCCUCGUCGCUCCUAGUCGGCUAUGCCAUCUCGUUUCUCCAUAUUCAUUGGUCGGACAAUAUCGGAUACUUUCACUCGGUAUGCUCGAACACAACGGAUUACUACACGACAAACAACGACGGACUGUUCUCGUCCGGCUAUUUCACGCUUUCUCGCAAUCUCGCAGACGCCUUUGGAUGCCUUUGAGGCAACAUCCGACUCGAAUGGCUCGUUCGCAUCGCUCGUAGUAGAUUCUCUGGAUCCUCCCUCCCCUCUCCCCUUCCAUUUUGUGAGUGUCGUAGGUGCUUUGCUCGCAUUGUAUUGUGUGCCGUAGUGUAGUGUGAAUCGCUAGCGGGCAGUGUGUGAACGAGCGAGGGGUGACCGAGAGUGAUCCUUUCCUUUCUCAUAGGCGAAGAAAGGUCGGUCUACGAUUUUUUGGUUGGCACUGUGUUCGCGAACGGCACGUUAUACAUGAGAAAGUUCGCCGGCUAAUUAAAUGUGUCAGUAUGGAAAAUCAAACGAUGGACGAGUUCUGUGGCACGAAGUUUUGGGAUGCUAAUCUAACAUGGUAUACAAACGAUCCGGAUCUAACAGAAUGCUUCCAAAAAACGAUAUUAGUAUGGGUACCAUGUGUAUUUUUAUGGGUAUUUUCAGUGAUGGAAGCAUAUUACCUUAUAAAUAGUAAAAGGAGAAAUGUCCCAUACACAUGGUUAUUUAUUUCUAAGCAAGUACUUACAGUAGCAUUAAUUAUACUUUCCAUAGUUGAGAUACUACUGGCGAUGAAUGCAAGUGGUCAUCGUAUGGUCUAUAGUGUAGAGUAUUACACACCAUUUAUAAAAAUUAUUACCUUUAUAUUAGCAUCUAUUUUAAUGACAUAUAAUAGAAAACGUGGAAUGCGGACGUCAGGUCUUUUAUUCCUAUUUUGGUUUUUCCUUGCAUUAUGUGGAUGUGUACAAUACAGACUUUCUAUAAAUGAAUUAAUCGAAGGGGAACAGCCAUCAUACCUAUUGGUAUGCUACAUGACCUAUUAUCCAAUAGUUGUAAUAUUGUUUGUACUUAAUUUCCUGGUCGACGCAGAGCCUAAAUUCUCCGAAUAUCCUACGGUCGAAACGCCGUGUCCAGAGCAAAGCUCUUCUUUCCCAUCAAGAAUUCUUUUUGCGUGGUUUGAUUCCUUAGCAUGGAAAGGUUUCCGAAAACCGCUGGAAACAUCCGAUCUGUGGUCCAUGAAUCCAGAGGACAUGGCUUCGGAAAUAGUGCCGAGAUUCGAUAAAUAUUGGAAUAAAAACUUGAUAAAAACAGAAGAGCUGGUUUGGACUUACUUUAGAGUAGAAAGUGCAAAAGCAUCAUUCCGAAAAGCAUCUGGACAAGUGGACUUUAAUGGCACCCGAAAAAAGAAAGUUGCUUCUAUCCUACCACCUAUUUGCAAAGCUUUCGGUGCGACAUUCAUGUUUGGCGCUUUCCUGAAACUGAUUCAAGACAUUAUGACUUUUAUUAGCCCUCAAAUAUUAAAGCUUUUAAUUGCAUUUAUCGAGGGAGAAGAGGAAAUGUGGAAAGGAUACUUUUAUUCCGUAUUACUUUUACUUACAGCAAUACUUCAGACGUUAAUAUUAUCCCAAUAUUUUCAUCGUAUGUUCUUAGUUGGAUUGCGCAUACGUACCGCAUUAAUUGCGGCAAUUUAUCGUAAAGCAUUGAGAAUGUCGAACGCGGCCAGGAAAGAAUCCACGCUCGGUGAAAUAGUAAAUUUAAUGUCUGUAGAUGCUCAAAGAUUUAUGGACUUAACCGCGUACAUAAACAUGAUAUGGUCGGCUCCUUUACAAAUAGCCUUAGCUUUGUACUUUCUAUGGGAGAUAUUGGGACCGGCGGUACUUGCCGGUCUAGCAGUUAUGAUCAUUCUUAUUCCCGUGAACGGGUUAAUCGCGAACAAAGUGAAAACAUUACAAAUCAGACAGAUGAAAAGCAAGGACGAGAGGGUAAAGUUAAUGAACGAAGUACUUAACGGUAUUAAAGUGUUGAAACUGUACGCAUGGGAACCUUCAUUCGAGCAGCAGAUACUUAAAAUCAGAAUCAAGGAAAUCCAAGUGUUAAAAGAAGCGGCGUAUUUGAAUGCCGGUACGAGCUUUAUAUGGUCGUGCGCACCCUUUUUGGUAUCGCUGGUAUCUUUUACAACUUAUGUACUUAUAGACGAAAAUAAUGUCCUAAACAGUACAACUGCCUUUGUUUCACUCAGUUUAUUCAACAUCUUAAGAUUUCCACUUUCUAUGCUGCCCAUGAUGAUUGGUAAUAUAGUUCAAGCUUAUGUCUCUGUAAAACGCAUCAAUAAAUUUAUGAACAUGGAGGAGCUGGAUCCUAAUAAUGUACAGCAUGAUCCAUCGGAAGCACACGCAUUAAUAAUUGAGAAUGGUAACUUCAGUUGGGACAGUGAACAUAUUGAGAGACCAAUACUACAAAAUAUCAAUUUCCAUGUAGAACAAGGUCAAUUAAUAGCAGUAGUUGGUACAGUGGGAUCAGGCAAAAGUUCCCUUCUAUCUGCUCUGCUUGGUGAGAUGGGAAAAUUAAGUGGAAAAGUAAACACAAAAGGCCCGAUUGCAUACGUUUCUCAGCAACCAUGGAUACAAAAUGCCACAUUGCAGGACAAUGUUCUGUUCGGAAAGGCCUUGAACAAAUCGAUAUACAAUCGCGUAAUUGAAGGAUGUGCAUUAAGUCCGGAUCUCAAAAUGCUACCUGCGGGAGAUCAAACAGAGAUCGGGGAAAAGGGCAUAAAUCUAUCCGGCGGUCAAAAGCAGAGAGUAGCCUUAGCCAGAGCUGUAUAUAACGACUCGGAAAAUUAUUUCUUAGACGAUCCUUUGAGCGCGGUGGAUUCGCAUGUAGGAAAACACAUUUUUGAGAAUGUAAUAGGUCCGAACGGUCUGCUGAAGAAGAAAACAAGGAUACUUGUUACACAUAGCAUCACAUAUUUGCCGGAGGUCGAUAAUAUUAUUGUUCUUAAGGACGGUGAGAUAACAGAGAGUGGAACUUACAAGCAAUUGUUGGAGAAAAAGGGCGCUUUCGCCGAGUUUUUAGUGCAUCACUUACAAGAAGUUGGAAAUCUGCACGUUGAUGAAGGUUCCGAAGCAGAUUUACGCGAAAUUAAACAACAGCUUGAAUCAACAAUGGGAGCAGACGAAUUGCAGCAAAAGUUAACUCGAGUACGAUCCAGAAUAUCCGAAAGUCUAAGUGAAUCUGGUUCUAUGACCGAUAGAACUGAUAGAAAAUCACUCAAUGGUUCUCUAACAAGGCAAUAUUCAACAGAAAGUCAACAAUCGGCAAAUUAUGUGCAUAGCAAUAGCAUAAAGGAAAAAGAAGCACCAAAAUCUAAUAUUAUUGGAGAGAAACUGAUAGAAACUGAAAAAGCGGAAACUGGAAGCGUAAAAUGGAAAGUGUAUUCUCACUACUUGAAAUCUAUUGGAUGGUUCUUGUCGAUAUCAACGAUCGUGAUGAACGCGGUCUUUCAAUCAUUCAGCAUCGGUUCGAGUGUUUGGCUCAGUGUUUGGUCGAAUGACGAUAAGAUGAUCGUGAACGCCACCGUCGACACGGCAAAACGGGACAUGUAUCUCGGAGUAUACGGUGUACUUGGUUUUGGACAAGCCACUUUUGUAGUGCUGUCGCAGACAGCGUUGGUUGUCGGAUGUCUGCAGAGCAGUAAACUUCUGCAUUCAGAGUUAUUGUUCGGUAUACUGCGAUCACCUCUAGGAUUCUUUGACACUACACCGUCCGGCAGAAUAUUAAACCGUUUUGGGAAGGACAUUGACAUAAUAGACAACGUUUUACCUCCAAGUAUUAGGGCUUGGUUGUUUUGUCUAGCAUCGGUCAUAGCUACUCUCGUUGUCAUAAGCUACAGUACACCUAUAUUUAUCAUGGUGAUAGUGCCAAUAGGCGCGAUUUAUUAUUUUAUUCAACGUUUUUACGUUGCGUCGUCGCGCCAAUUAAAACGAUUAGAAUCUGUGUCAAGAUCUCCUAUAUAUUCGCAUUUUAGUGAGUCGGUAACUGGUGCACAAAUAAUUAGAGCAUAUGGCGUGCAAGAACAAUUUAUUCACGAAUCUGAAAAUAGAGUAGACUUCAAUCAAGUGUGUUAUUAUCCUAGUAUUAUUGCGAAUAGAUGGUUGGCCGUGAGACUGGAGAUGGUUGGAAAUUUAAUUAUAUUCUUUGCAGCAUUGUUUGCUGUUUUGGCUAGAGAUACUAUGAGUUCGGGACUUGUCGGUUUAUCAGUUAGCUACGCCUUACAAAUUACCCAGACUUUAAACUGGUUGGUACGUAUGACAUCCGAUGUUGAGACCAAUAUCGUCGCGGUAGAGAGAAUAAAAGAAUACGGAGACACGGUACAGGAAGCACCGUGGAAAGAUACGGAGUAUACGCCUCCGAAAGAGUGGCCUAUGCAUGGUCGUGUCGAUUUCAAGGAUUUUAAGGUUCGCUACAGGGAGGGAUUGGAUCUCGUGCUGAACGGUUUGACAUUCAACGUACUCGGUGGUGAGAAGAUCGGUAUCGUGGGCAGAACCGGCGCCGGAAAGUCAUCUAUGACUCUGGCACUCUUCAGAAUAAUCGAGGCGGCUCAUGGGAAAAUCCUGAUAGACGAUAUUGAUAUCUCUAAGAUGGGUCUUCACGAUCUGCGCUCGAGAUUGACCAUUAUUCCGCAAGAUCCCGUAUUGUUUUCUGGAACACUGAGAAUGAAUCUAGAUCCUUUUGAUUGCUAUGCCGACGAGGAGAUCUGGAGAGCGUUGGAACACGCUCAUCUAAAAUCAUUCAUAAAAAAUUUGCCAAAUGCUCUUUUGCACGAGGUCUCUGAAGGUGGAGAGAAUUUAAGUGUAGGGCAACGACAAUUGAUCUGUCUGGCGAGAGCAUUACUUAGAAAAACGAAGGUUCUCGUACUGGAUGAGGCAACAGCCGCGGUUGAUUUAGAAACAGAUGAUUUGAUUCAGACUACUAUUCGUCAAGAAUUUAAGAAUUGUACAGUUCUUACAAUAGCUCAUAGACUCAAUACUAUUCUAGAUUCAGACAGGGUGAUUGUGUUGGAUAAAGGUGUGAUUGUCGAAUAUGAUUCUCCAGAAGUGCUCCUUCGCAAUUCAUCUAGUUCUUUCUACAGCAUGGCUAAAGAUGCAGGUUUAGCCGCUUGAAAUAUAUCAUAAUGAUUUUUUUUAGCAGCUAUACAUUAUACGAGCCAACGUCAAAGGAAACAACAAAGAAAACCGUAGAACAAACAACGCAUAGUCUUAGUAUAAAGAUUAAUUUGUAAAAUAGUAAAAUAUUUCUAUGCAAAGAAGAGAAAAAAGCGAGCGUUUGGCAUAAUUGACGGUGCAAUACCGUUGAUUUCUCAAAGUUGUUGCCAGAUCUUUUUCUGUGAUGAGAAAUUACUCUUCCCGAUUGUACCGUCGAUUAUUGAACUCCUUAUAUUCUAGAAUAAGUUUUGUAGUCUUUCAUCACAAAACAAGCAAUACGACACACUUCAUUUGUAAACUAGCUAUUGAUUAUUUCGAAAUCUUAACCGGGCAGUGGUCGGGUGAACUCCCGCGUGAUAAAUAUGUUAACAUUUUGGUAAAUAGAGUAAAUUAUUUUUUACCAUUUCUCUUCCUAUACUAUAUUUUUCCUUCAAAGAUAUAUCUUUGCAACUUAAAAUAAAAAUAAUAUAUUACAAAUAUUUUUAUGAAAAUAGAUUUUCAGAUUCUCUGUUUAUUUAUAAAACAAUAAUAUACGUUUGAUUAAUGAUUAAUAUUGUAUAAAAAUAUUUAUAUAUAUUCAACAAACUGUACUUGUAAAGUACAGUAGUUUUAAAUAAUUUUUAAUGCGAAUAAUAUUAAUUUGUUAAAGUAAUAUUUAUAUGCAAGAGAUCAAUCAAAGUUUGCUAGAGAAUUUUUUAGUUCUGAAAAUAUAUGAUAAAAGGAGAGAUUUCACACCUGACAACUUCCGGAUUAAAUUAUAUACUCAUUUUAAUAAUUUCAAUUAUUAGAGUCGACAAACACAAUAUAAUUAUCGGUAUAAAUAUAUAUGAGUGAUCAAUAAAAGUGCAUGUUCACUCAAAAAACAAAGAAACACAACAAGCUAAUUAAAAGAGCUUGCUCCAAGUAAUGCAUCAAUUAAAAUCAGUGAGCUUGAAAAUAUUAUUGUCGUAAUUGCUACUCUAAAUAUAUUCAAAAUGUGUUCUCUAGAUGAAAUGCACAUAGAUUUUGUUUUCCAUGGAUUAUAUUCUUCACUAAAAAAGUGCAUUUUUAUUUUUAUCUUUUUUAACAUAUGACAAUCAGUCGCAAUAAUUUAUUCUCACUUUGUUACAUCACGCAAUGUGAUAUAGAUCAAGGCGAAAUGUAUAUUAAUUCAAUAUCUUUCUGCUACAUGCCUAUCUACUUACCUACCUUAAUAGAAACUGGUACGAGUUAAUUUUAAGCCGGAGUUCAGUACCACUUAUGUGUAAUGACGUAAUAUCUUAUUUUUAUAAAUCGCUUAUUAAAGCGGACAACGCCGUUAAAAAUAGCAAUUUUAACUCUGCAUACAUUUUGUAUGCGGCACAAGUAUCUAGAAAAGUAAUGCAACAUCACAAUUUACUGUAUAUACUCUAUCUCUUUAUAAAGUUUCGUGUAUUACCCAAAGUAUAGUUAAAUAAUAUCUCUGUGCCUAUUUUACAAAGAGUAGAGAGACAAA